AUGGCCAAUAAUUUUCAAGGCAUGGAAGAUGAUGCUCUCUUCGAAGCACAGCGAUUCAAAGGUCAACAAUUAAAACGCGAAGCCGAUUCCAUCAUCAAUCGAUCCAUCUAUUUUGGAAAUAAAUUCAAAGACGCUGUUGCCAAAUACAAAGAAGCAGCCGAACACUUCAUGACAGGUCUCGACAAUAAGAGUGCCAUUGAAUGUUACACUGCUGCUCUCGAAUGUAUGGACAAGAAACCAAAAGAUUUUAAAUCCGUUGAAAAAGCUGACAUGUAUGUGGAAAUGAGUGAAUGUAUGAAGGAGAUGGGAAUUAAAACACGAGAAAAUUUUCAACAAUUUGUAACGUUUGUGGAUAAUGCAGCAUUCUUGUAUGCGGAAGCCGGAAAGUUCUAUAAAUCGGGAGAGCUCGAGAAGGAACUUGCGGAAUAUAUUGAAGUGGAAGGACUUAAUUUUGAUGAUCCGAAUUCUAAUGAAAAUUACUUGAAGGCGAUUGAACAUUAUAAACAUGCUGGAGAGACUUUUGAAUUGGAAAAUGCCAAAACGAGUACGAAUCAAUGUUAUGUGAAAGUGGCAGAGUUGAGUGGACUCAUUGAGAAUUAUGAAGAAGCCAUCAAGUAUUUUGAAAUAGUUGCUGCCAGAUGUUCGAAAGAAAAACUCACUGCUUUUAAUGCACGAGAACAUUUGAUGAAGGCUCUUUUAUGUCACAUUUUACUGCAAAUGAAAAAUGCAGAGAAGGACGAUUUGACAGGAGCUUUCUAUUCUUCUGUGGAUGAUUUGCGUAAUGCCUACGAUCGAUAUUGUGAAAUGGAUAUAUAUUUGAGUGGAAGUUUGGAAGGCGACGUUGUUUUAAAGUUGUUUGAUGCCAUCCAGAAACGAAAUCCAAAAGAAAUGGCAACCGUUUUGCGCAAGUUUGACAGUCUCAAAGUUUUGGACAGUUGGAAGACGACCAUUCUCUUGAAAAUCAAGGACAAUAUUUCUACUCUCGAUUUGACCUAA